AUGCCGCGCCUAGAGGACGUUAAAAUUCCCGCGAAGCUGCAAGCGCUGCUGGAAAAAGCUCCUCCGCCCGCGUCAGGAGCGCCGAUCGGAAGCUCGCUAUUAGGCAUCGGCGGAUUCAGCUUUGGCGGAAGUGGCGGAGGAUCGGCAGCUGCCGCGGGAGCCGGUGGCGGAAGUGGAGGCGGAGGCGGGAUCACCCUCCCCCCGCGCCUCCCCGUGCACCAGCUUGGGGGGGUGAAGAACCGACUUAACUUACAGGUGCAUCACGAUCAGUCGUCGUUCUCGCGUGGGACGUCGCAACCGUCGCCCAAGUCGUCGUCUGCGACACCUCCUGCGAGCCAGGAGCAGCAGAGGCUACCAGUAGGGCCGCCGUCGGUGCUUCAGCAGCAGCAUCUGCGCCCGCCACCAGGGCUAGCCGCAGCGGUAGUUGCGGGAGUGGGUAGAGACACCAGGGACAGCAGAAUCAGUUGUCGCGACGACGAUAAUGACUCCGAAACCGGCAGUGUGAUAUUCUCCCCGGUUCCGCAACCCGCGCACUUGCGGAAAGCCGCUGCGCGGAAAAAGAAGAGCGCGGAGGCCGGCGCAGCUGCGCCGGGUGUUGGGGCAGGAGGAGUGGGGAUCGGGGGAGGAGGGGGAGCGGCGGGUUCAGGAGCGGCAGGCGGUGUUCAGGAAGGUGGAUCAAGUAACAGGACAGGUGCUGCUGGCCAUGGAAGCAUUAGCAAUCAAACCUCCCCCACUCUCUCCUCCCCUUCCAAUGCGCUCUCUCCCCCCGGACUUGGCGCUACCUCUCUCGCCUCUAGCGCCUCCUCCUCUGCCUCUACCUUCUCCUCCGCUUCCGCCUCCGCCUUUUCCUCCGCCACCAGCUCUGGCGGCGCUGACGUGGCGCCGUCACACAGCCAAUCGGGGCGCAGCAGGCAGGGAAUGGCGUCGGGGAAGGGGGAUGAGCAGGGGAAGGGGGAGUACGAGGAGGAAGAGGAGGAGGAGGACGGGGACGAGGAGGACGGGGAGAUGGCGGAGGUGGUGCGGCGGGCGCGCACACUACCCAACUCCGCGCAAGAGAGCGGGGGAGUGUUGCACGCGCUCACCGUUGCGCUGCAGGCCGUGCAGGACGAGCAGCAGUACGACCCUUCCCCCUACACCCCCUCGCGCCCCUCCCCGCCUCUCCGCAGCUCCAGCACAGGCAGCGCAGCCGCGCGCGCGCAUCUGCCCUCCUCCUCCUCCGCCUCCUCCGCCGUUGCUGUGGGGCGUGGGGCAAGCGGCGGUGCUGCGGGCGCAGGGAGAGGCGGAACGGCGUUUCCUCUCUCCUCCUCCUGCAACUCAGUGCCGGGAAGAGCGUCAGGCGCGUCAGGAGCAUCAGGGCCAUCAGGGGGGCCACCAGGGGCGUCAGGGGCAGGCGCGAGUGGCAGCAGUCGCAAGUCCAGCCGUAUGAAGACGUUCAGUGAUGCAUCUGCCAAUGCAGGUCGGGAAGGGCUGGGUAGCGCAGGGGGGGCACGGGGGGCAGGAGGGCCAGGGGGGACGGGGGGAACAGGUGCAGUGGGCAGCGGCGCAUCUGCAGCAGCAGUGGCAGGAGGAGGAGCAGAGGGAUGGGAGAGCAGUGAUGGCGGUGGGGGAUGGAGCGAAGGGUACCCCAUAGGGGAAGUGCCCAUGCGACGCACUAUGAGCAGCCCGCUCAAGAGAGAGUCGUCUCUGUCGUCCUGUGAUGCUGCCAGUGUGGUUGGCAGCGUGUGCGGGAGCGUCGUGAGCAGCAGUGGCGGCAGGAGCAAGAGUGGGAAGAGCAAGGAGGAGAAGCUAGCAGGGCUGCCCAUGCUGCCUCCUCCCCACGCCACUCAGAUUGUCAAGUGCACGUAUUGUGGGCAGAACCUGUCUCUCCCGAAGAAGCUACCCACGCCCAAGAGUGGCGUGCAGAAGCUGCGCUGUGGGCAAGGCGCAGGGAUGGGCGGUGGGGCGGGCAGGCAGGGGGGAGCGUAUGGUGUGAGUGGGAGCGGGAAUGGGUAUGGGUAUGGGGGGGAAGAGGAAGGGCGGUGGGGGGCGAAUGCAAGGGGUGGAGAGGGGUGGGAGGCCAGAGGAGGGGUUGGGAUGGGAGGUGGAGGGUAUGGUGAUGAAGGGGGCUAUGGAGGGGAGGGCGGCAGUCCAUAUGGGUAUGGGGCUCAGAAUGGGUAUGGAGGGGGAGGGGGGUAUGGUGGGGGCGAGGGGGGGGCAGGUGGCGGGGACUGGGAGGAUGAGGAUGGGGAGGCGGAUUUUGGGUUUGAGGACCCGUGCCCUCCUGGGAACGCAGGGAUGGCAUAUGGCCAGCAACAGCAGUGGCAACAGCAGCAACAACAGCAGCAGCAGCAGCAGCAGCAGCAGCAGCAGCAGCAGCAGCAGCAGCAGCAGCAGCAGCAGCAGCAGCAGCAGCAGCAGCAGCAACCGCAGAAAGCAGGAGGAGUGGGCAGAGGGGGACGCGUGGGAAGCACGGGGUUUCAGAGGGUUCAGAGCGCAGGGGGGCGGGUGCAAGCAGUGAUUGUGGCAGCAGGCAUGGUUCCAGACCAGAGCAGCCGGCAGUUCGUUCGCGCUGGCAGCAGUGCUGCGGCUUAUCAAGGAAACUUCAACCCUGGCGAGGGUGCAACCGGGGGAGGUGUAUAUGGCGAGGGGUAUGGGGAGGAGGAAUACGAGCAAGGAAUGACAGAUGAGUACGGAGGGGGGUAUGGUGGCAUGGAUGGGCAGGGUUUUUCAGGGGAGGCGGAAGAGGAGGUGGAGGAGGAGGAAGUUGGGGACGGGGAGGAGGGUGAGGAAGAGGAGGAGGACAUGUAUGGUGAUCUAGAGACAGAGUUGGAAGCAGCAGCAGUGGCAGAAGCAAGUGGGGGCGUGUAUAGCCAGUCCGCGUCCCCUUGUACCCCUCACAGAGGUGGACCAGGGAAACCCAGAGGGGUAGGGCUUGCAUCAGCCACUGCUGGUGGUGCUGUUGGGAGCAGCAUGAGGAGCAAGGGCCAAGGGGCAGAGGGCAAGCGCAUGGCACGGUGUAUGACUAUGAACGUGGUGGGUUCCGCUGGCUCUGGUGCUACAGCCGCUGCUACAGCCACCACUCCUGGGCGGCACAAGGGCCCUCGGCACACGCGCAGUGGGAGCAGCAGCAGCAGCAGCGGUGCAGGGCUGGCGGGAAACAGUGGCAAGUUCAAGAACCACGUGCAGAGCAGCCCGCCUGGGGGCAACAACAGUGGCAGCAGCAACAACGGUGAGAGCCCUCCUCGGGGCUUCUACAGGCAGGUUACUGCUGGUGCGGCUGCCCGUGGUGGUAUGACAAGGGCACGCUCGUCGUUGGACCUAGAGGCGAAAGGCAGGCCCUUUCCGUCUUCCUCCUCCUCUGUCAUCUCCGCUGUGUCUCCCCGUCGCCCCACCAGCAGAGGCGCCUCGUCUCUCAUCUCCAUGCCUGUGUCCGCCACUGUUCCUGCCAUGGGUCCCGGUGCGGGGCUUGGGGCGGGCUUUGGGGCUGGCGCUGGUGCUGGUGCUGGUGCUGGUGCUGGUGUGGGUGGUCUGUUCCCUGGUUCUUCGUCCGUCCCUGCAGCUAUGGCCGCCUCGUCGUCGCUCCUGGCCUCCACACAUCCCAGCCACGGCAGGGUGACUGCUCGGAGCAGCAACACAGCGGCACAUGUAGCAGCGAUGGCAGCAGCGGUGGCAGCGGCGGCAGCAGGAGCAGGAGGGGUGCAUCAGCAGCACGAGCCGUGGGGUCAAGGCAGACCACCCCCCAAUGGGGUUGUCACAGCGGCUGCUACUGCUACUGCUGCUGCAGGGAAGGGCGCUGCUGGCGCUGCUGGCAGAGGUGGGAAGGGAUGCACAGGGAGCAUCAGUCGGGGAAAUUCGAGUUGUUCGAUGAGGAAUGGGCAAGGAGGGGCACUGGGGGGGGCAGUGGGGGGGGGCAGGGGGGAGGAGGCGUACAGCAGGGGUGUGGUGGUGAAUGGUGUUCCCAUCUCAGACGCGCAGGUGCAUGAAGCAGAGGCCAUGGCAGGCCCUAUUCACCCCGGCUCCUACUGGUAUGACGCCUAUGCUGGCUUCUGGGGCAUCAUGGGGGGACCGUGCCUUGGAGUCAUCCCGGCGAGUAUAUGGGCGGUGGCACAUGCACCCAUGCCACAGGACUGCUGUGGGGGCAGCACAGGUGUCGUGGUGAAUGGGCGUGAGCUGACGCCACGGGAUCUGACCAUCCUCAAGGGGAGGGGGUUGCCCAUGGUGCCGGGGUUCUACUCGCUCACCAUUGAUGGCGAGUUGCAUGAUGAGUCCUCGGGCCGCCAUAUUAAGUCGCUCGGAAAACUCGCACCCUCAUUGGAGAGGCAACAACGGGGUGCGGGUAUGUACGUGCCAAGUUGA